AUGCUACUCCUUCAAAACCUCAUUGUAGAGGCCGCAGACGGCAGAGGUGUGAGGACAGAAGCCAGAACACUCGUGCCUGUUUGCCACUGCCACAGUCCUCCGGGCAACACAGUUUCCCUCCAGAAGUUUCAGCAGAAGGCUGUGAAGCAAACUAAGCAGAAGAAAUCCAAGUCGGCUGAAUUUCUGAUGGUUAAAGAAGAUAGAGAUGCUAUGGAAGGCAUUAUCAACCCAGCUUUUCACAUGAGCAGCCCAGAUCUCUCAGCAGCUCAGACUUCUACAAAGAGCGUUAUUAGAUGUGACAUGCUGGCUCGCACCCUUGCAGCUCAUCCACAAGAAUUCCGGCUGCCGGCCUCCUCAGAACCAAAAGGAAAUGAAUACAGCAGAAAUUACUUUGACCCACUGAUGGAUGAGGAAAUAAACCCAAGGCAGUGUGGGAUGGAGGUCAGCAGAGAGGGUGAUGACACAAUUCUUUAUAAUCGAUUAAUGAAGCUGUUUGAUGGGAACGAACAAGGAGAGCCCCAAGAUGGGAGCAUCAAGGAGGAGAUGUUGGAUUCUGAAGCCCUCAAGAGUUCCAAGGGAACUGAAACCUCCGAAGAGGACAAUGAAGCCAUUACUGCUGACAUUGAGGAGUUGGAAAAACAAGCUCAGAAAGAGGCAAUUCUGCUUGGGAGUUCGCCAUUCCAGCAGGAUUUGAAAUUUGAGGGGGAAGAAUUCAACCAGUACAUUCCCAUGUCACAUUUGAAGAUGGACAGAAUCUUUGGGAGAACUCCACGUCAACCAUACGGUUCAAGUCCACAUGUUUGUAAACAGGAGAGCAUCCGCAAGGUUGGCCCCCUCACACGGGUACCUGAUGAUCUGAAGGGACCAGAGAGAUCUUGCUGGAAGGUUGAACAGUCUGCACUGCCUCAGCCUCUUCAAAUACAGAUCAAAUGCAUCAGGGGCCUCAAGGACAGGGCUCCCCACGGUUUCUACCUCCUUAGAGCGUCUUUGCUUGAUCGGCCAGGAAGCCAUGUCUUGCCGUGGUGGCAAACGGAGCAGAUGAAGAUUCAGUCACAUCCAGUUAGGCAUGGUGGGAACUUUUACGACGUGGGGUUGUAUUUCCAUGAAAGCCUCUACGUGGCACUGCCUCCCAAGAAAGCUGUGAGACCUGGCCUGGCUUUGUUAUUUGAACUCUUUCUUCUUCACGGGACGUAUACUAGCCUUGACCGUGUUGUGGGCUGGGCAGUCUUCCCUUUGUGUGACAACAACUUUCAUGUAGUAGAUGGAAAAUUCAAGUGUCCCCUACUCCGUGGACAUUAUGACCGGAAAGUUGGUAACUUCAGGGAAAUUGAAGACUUGAUUUGCCUGGAUUUGGACCACUGGCUGGGCAAUAUUUAUUUUCAGGUCAUGAAACUUCCUUUGCACGUGGAUGAUCAAAACCAGUUUGAAAGUCAUACCCAGCCUUCCCCGGAACUCCCGGCCUGUUUAAUGACUGGGGCAGAGAAAGCAGAAACGUGUGUAGAUAAUCUCUUUGUCCUCUCUGAAAAAGAAAAGGAAAACGUUUUGGAAUCAACGAAAGAGGAAACUGAGUGCACCUGUCAUUCUUCCCUAGAUUUGCAAGUUUCCUUCAGAACUGGAUGCUUUUGCACAAUUAGUGCUGCUGGUGGAAGUGGUUUAGCAGUGCCACUAGCAAGGUCCUACCACCAGAGGUUUACCAACAAGAAGCCCUGGAGUUGGGAAAAACCAGAAUACUUUGCAACAGUGCAGGAUAGUGACUUAGGAGAGAAAAGAAUUUACUGUGGAGUUAUGACAAGACACAGUGGGACAUUCCAAGAAGAGCUCACAGCUAGAUUCACUAUAGAGAUAUUUUCUUUUUCAUGUGUUAAUUUCUCGGACAAGCGACACAGGUUGACAGAUCAUCUGGUGAAAGACAAAUCAGCUGUUUGGGCAGCUGGAGCAUCUGAGGAUGUCUCACAGAACAAAUCGUAUCUGGAGGAACUGGAGCAGCACCAGUUUUCUGUUUGGUGUUCCUCGGGUGCCAACGGAAGCGGAUCUGGGGACUUUGUGAAGCACCUUCGCUUCGUGCUGAUGUCAGUGUCUUCAGAACUCCAGCUCGCUCAGUGGCAAAGCCAGAGCUUCUGGUACAUCCUCCUGCUGCUGGCUUCCGUCUGGUUUCUGAGGCUCCACCUGCACUACCUUGGCCAGUGGCUGUUCCUCCAGGCCAUUGCAGCUCCUGUUACAAAAUUCCAGUUUCUCCCUCACACAGUGGAGCUUUGCUACCCAGCCUCUUUGCUUCACGCCGGAGAAGAGCUACCCGUGGUUGCAGUGGGGACUCUAAUGUUGAAUGCAGUCAUACUUCUCCUGGUUCUGGUCAAAUGGGGCUGUCAGCUACUGUUUGCCUCCUGUCCUGAUGUCUUGUCAAAGUUAAUCAUUACCAUGGGACUAUGGACAGUUCUAGACCCACUGGCAGUGUUUAUAGUGGACACUAUCCUGGGGCGCUUUUCCUAUAAUGAGGAGACGCCUGUGGCUGAUGCAGCGAAGCUGUACUGGGUGUUUGUAAGAAUGGAACAACCGGCGAUUCUUGGCGUGGGGAUCACUGUGCUGGUUUACAUCGGCCUGUUCAGCAUCUCCUCUUUGACUCUGUAUCUAUAUUGUCUCAGGUUACACAACAAUUCAUGGGUAUUAGAUGCAUUUCAGCGCAUCCACAGCGAUGAAAACAAGUUCUUCAUGCCGCAUGAUUUGGAGAUUUCCAAUCAGGAACUAAGUUACAUAGUGAAGAGAUCUGAGCAAUGGAGAGGAAUGAAUGGAGAGAGGAGGAAGGUGGCAGUGUGUGAUUACAUCUGGAACAGCCCUGGUCUCCAGUCCAGUGUUGCCAGCUGUGACCCUCAACAUCGGAAGGAGACUUCUGUGACUGCACUUGGUCCAGGAGAUGUCACUUCUCAUGUGUCCAUAUAUACUGUUUAUCCCAGCGGAUUCCAAGAGCUGUAUCGCCACUUUCUCAGACUGCCUGGUGGUGCCAUUGUGGAGGUACGUAUCUAUGGAAAUAGUUUGAUGCAAAUCUAUGUAUAUUUUGUUGUGUAA